GAAGUUGUAAAACCUUCACUGUUUAGUUAUGUCUACAUUUCCGGUGUUGAUGAUAGUGAGUGCUGUUACUCUUCUGUUUCUUUUCAGGUUGGUUAGAAAACAUAAGAGAGAUUCAAGUAAAAGCUACCCAAAAGGAUCUAUGGGUUUUCUCCCAGUAAUCGGAGAGAGUUUGAGUUUUGUGAACGCCCAUAAGGCUAAUCGUGGGCAAGAAUGGGUUGAAGAGAGGGUUGCAAAAUACGGUCCUAUCUUCAAAACUUCUCUCAUGGGUGGUCCUACUGUGUUUAUAACUGGUCGUGCCGGUACUAAAUUUGUACUCGGUGCUGAGACUGAAGUUCUUGCUCCUAGACAACCGUUUACGAUUGCUGCUAUCAUGGGUAAACACAAUCUAUUUGAAGUCUCAGGAACUAAGAGGUAUAAACCUCUUCGACGAGCUAUGAUGAGUUUUUUAAAACCAGAUAUCCUUCAAGGGCACACAAAACUUAUGGACAAUAUGGUGAAGGCACGCAUAGACAAUGAAACCAAAGGAAAAGAUACAAUCACUACGAUAAGUUUUAUGAAGAAGCUAACAUUUCAUGUCGCUAGUCAAAUAUUGUUUGGGAUAGCUGAUGAUUCAACUGAAGAAGCCUUGUAUAAAGAGUUUGGAUAUUGUUUUGAAGCUAUGUGGUCCGCACCUUUUAAUUUUCCGGGGACAACUUUUAGGAAAGGUAUCCAAGCAAGGAAAAGGAUUGUAAAUACGAUGUUACCAAUCAUGGAGAAAAGGAAGGAACAAAUCAAGAAAGGGACACUAAACCCUAUGAACGACGUAUUGUCUUGCAUGUUGUCAUUGGAAACAGAAGCUGCCGAGAAUGGUGAUCAUGAAGAACCCAUUACGAUGAAUGAAGUUAUUGAUAAUUUCGUUGCUCUGAUGAUUGCUAGCCAUGAUAGUUCAGCUGCAGUCCUGACUUGGGUCAUUUGGAAAUUGGCUAAAGAUCGCGAGAUCUAUGAUAAUGUUGUCAGAGAGCAAAUGAGCAUUAUAGAAGAAAGAAAGCAGCGACAAGAAGGUGGUGGUGAAGCUGACGGACUGAUAUGGGGCGAUGUAUCCAAAAUGAAAUACACAUGGAGAGUAGUACAAGAAGUGGUGAGGGUCAUUCCUCCUUUCUUUGGAAGUUUCAGAACUGCAAUCAAAGACACCAGUUAUGGUGGUUAUGACAUCCCAAAGGGAUGGCAGGUAUUUUGGGUGGCUUUUUCAACACACAUGAACAACGACAUAUUCAAUGACCCGGCAAAAUUCGAUCCCUCUCGUUUUGACAGCAAGUCUAAUAUUAUCCCCCCUUACUCGUACUUAGCAUUCGGAGCAGGCCAUCAUAUUUGCAUCGGCCUCGAAUUUGCUAGAGUUGAAGCACUGGUAGUGUUGCAUCAUAUGGUGACCAAAUUCGAAUGGUCACUUGUAAAUUCAGACGAGAAACUAACUCGUCUAGCUUUGCCAUACCCGGAAAUGGGUCUUCCAAUCAACCUCAUAUCAAGAAGCAGUUGUUGAUCACGCAUCCCAUAAUCAUAAUAGAGUCAGCUUUUGGACGAUUGCCAUAUAUAAUAAAUGUUUCCACUUCAAACUUGGGCAAAACCACUUUUACUUUUUACUUUUGAGUUGACUAGGUACGUACUACUGUGUAGCAGUCAGCUGCUUCAAUCACAUCGUUUCUUUGUCAAACAUUUCUCAAUGUUCUCAUCUAUGAGAUGGAUUUAUAGGCUGUUUGGAUGGGAAAUAAGAG